AUGUUGAGAUCAGCAACCGAACGUAAACCGACUCCCAAUUGCAACUUUUUAAAUUACCAAAUACUCUCACGCAUUUUCAGUCCAGAGUCCUCUGUUAAUGUAGAAACUGGACCGGACAGCAAAAGCUGUGUCUACUGUUUGGCUAAACUUGUUCACCCACGUUUGGGAAGAGGAGAAUCUUAUUCCUGCGGUUAUAAGCCCUAUCGGUGUGAGAUAUGCAACUAUUCGACCGUCACUAAAGGAAAUUUAGCCAUUCACGAACAGUCCGAUAGGCAUUUAAACAAUGUUCAGGUGAGUGCUGACUUUACUUUAUUUCAUCAAUGUUUUAGGAAUGAUGUCAUCAGUUCUUUAAUUGAAGUUUCCGAUCAUUCUUUGUUAUGCCAAGUUUGUGGAGUAUUUUCAACAGAUAAUGGGGAGGAUUUAAUAGCCCACGCAGAGCAAAAUAGAAUCCCGAUAAAUAUGGAUCUCGCGAAUCAGCAAGUGACUUCCCAUUCAUCUGGAGUUUGGCAUUGUUCGUUAUGUUCUUACAGAAGUCGUUUGAAGGCCAACUUCCAGCUCCAUUGCAAGACAGAGAAACAUGCUCAAAGAUUGAGCCUUCUUUUGCAUAUGUGGGAAGGAAAACGUGCCGAUUCAGCCAUCUCACUUCAAUCUAAUCAUCUUCCAGUUGCCGGUACUUCGAAAGGGAGCGUAUAUUGCCAGUUGAGGUGUCUACCCUGUAAUUUCUUCACAUAUUCUGUGCAUAAAAUGAGAGUCCAUUGCCAAUUACCCGGACAUGAUUUUCUUGCGGGUAUAUUUGGAGCUCUGGUUGCAAAGAGAAAUCAGUUGAAGACAUCCUUUCAUGAUAAAUCGAAGGAGGAAUUGGACAACGUAAGGUUCUUCUAUUCAUGCCAAAGAUGCGAGAUUACCUAUUCAACUGUUAAUGCCAUGUUACAGCACUUUCAAUCUUCAGUUGAUCAUGUAUGUUUCAACUUGUUACAUUUUUAUGAAGAGCGCAAAAUCAAAUUUUAUCAAUAUAUGAUAAUUACACAGAUGACAUUUUUUCAACUUAAAAUUGUGUAG